CAAAUUGUCUUCCUAACUCUCAUCUUAAAUUGUAGGCUAUACAGUAAUUUGCGUGUGCAUUCUAAAUGCUGCAAAACGUCCACGAACUCUAUAAUAAUUACGAUCAAUAUCUUAAAUGUGUACAAUCAAACUUUUGUUUUUUUAGUUGUUUUUUGAAACAAGUAUAGGCCUAUCAUAGGCUACGCUCUAUUGAUGUUUACAUUGUAGCAUACUAGCAGCUAUGACAUUACUAGCAGCUAUGGAAAUUCGCCUAGUUUCCAGUCAAAUGAAACCGAAAGUUUUCAAACUCACUGUAGAGCGAUCUGGAAGUAGCAAUGGCAUCGAACUUUAGUAAUGCAGGCCCUUCUGAGGAUAGUGACUCAGAUGAUGUUAGCCAGACUGUUAGCCAGUUCUCUGAGAGUGAGAGUGACAAUUCCGACUCAGACAGUGGCUCUGAGUCCCAGCCGGGAGCCCGACCAUCACGGUCAGCUUCUAAACAGGCUUGUAAAUUCUAUAACAAGGGUUACUGCAAAGAUGGGAGGAAGUGCAAGUACCUGCAUGUUUGCCAGAAUUUCCUGAAAGGAAAGUGUCGCUACAACUCCCAAUGUGAUUUAAGCCACACCACUAACUCUGGUUCCGAGUCUUCUGCCGACGAGAGUCAGAGCAGGGGGAGGAGAAGCAGGAGGAGGAGAUCUUCAGCAGGAGAGGACGAGGACACUGAUGGAAUGUCAUACUGCUGGCAGAUAAACUGUGGAAAUGGCUGGAAAAACAUCGCUAAUGACCACAUCAUCGAGGCCCAGUAUUCACAGCCCAGCAGCAGUGGCAUUAAGCUGUACAACACUCCCUUUGGGUCAAUCUCCAUUGAUUUUAAAAAAAUGAAGGUACUCAAAAAAACUGGGAUACGUGUUCGACGCUGGAAUUCCUCCCGGCCAGGGCUAGAGACGGAGUGGCUUUGGUACUGCAGCAAUAAGCAUGACUGGGUCCAGUAUGGAGAGAAGAACUCCAAGGGAAAGGCUGCCCCUGUACAAUCCUCCAGAAUUGAGAAGAAGUUCCAGAAAAAUCAAAGGGGCUCACUUAAAUUUACCAUUGACACGACUGACUACCGGAUCAAUUUCAGAGGUAUGUGUCAGGAGAAUUCGGCAAGUGGACGGAAGAGAGAUGUGGUUCGACGCCCCCGUUUCAAGAUGCCCCAGAACAGAGGGAGCAACAGGAUGCCGCCACAGCAGAGACAGGGUGGGUCUCCCGUCACCUGGGAGUUUGAGGGAGACGGUGGAAGGUGGUACAUCUUCAAACACAGGAGCGGAACAAAUACAGAGGCUUCUAUCACCAGUGCUCAUAUUGAAGCCCAGUUCCAGCGCAAUGAAAGGGGCUCCAUGAACUUCACUGUUAGUGGCCAACGCUACGUUCUGGACUUCUCAGAUAUGACUCAGACGAAUCAGAGCUCACAGAAGAGACGCAGGAGUAUCGGAAGACUGUUUUCAUCGUACUUCGUUUCUUCAGAGAUGUCUGGCGUUUAUGCGGUCGGAAGUCAAGUUCAGGGUAUUUUGAACGAUAAUCAUAGCCAACCUACCGCAGGUAGCAGGCAUCAGUACCUGUGGCAACUAAAUGAUGGACAGCAGUGGAUGAAUAUUAAUAACGACCACGUGAUCGAGGCGCACUACUGCCAGCCAGGGGCAAGAGGGAUAAAGAUCUUUACUGCGAAUUAUGGACGUAUAUUUAUUGAUUUUGACAAGAUGGAGGUGCAGGGGUCUCAACUGUAUGUCCGGCGACAAAUCUAUCUGGCCCAGGAUGAGAUGGAGGAGAUGGGGUGGUACUACAAUGACAACCGGCAGUGGUAUGAGUAUGGAUCACAGGGUUCCUCCAGCAGAACGGCUUCAGUGAGCAGCAGUGAUCUGGAGCAGCAGUACUCCAGUCAUCAGAGUGACAUCAGUUUCACAGUGGGGAAGUUUUCCUACAGCCUAGAUAUCCAUGCAAUGACUCAGACGAACAUGACUACGGGCAUCAUAAGAAGAGUGAGGCGACGCCCAAAGCUGAACUCUGUCAUAAAACUCAACAGCCCAGCAGGCGCCUCUCAGGUCCCUCAGGGUCAGCAGAGUGCAUCUCACAUUGGAGCAGGCUGGAAGUGGCAGUUCCAAGCAGAUGAGGGUAUCUGGACCGAUUACAGCUCACCGAGGUGCUCAGUGGACAGUGAUAAGAUUGAGAGAUGGUAUCAGAGGAACCCUCAAGGACAGAUGGCAUUUAACAGCAGGAAAUUUGCAUAUACUCUGAACUUCACAGGAAUGCUCCAGACCAACAGCAGGACAGGAACCCAGAGGUCUGUGAGACGGGUUCAGGCUGACGGACAGCCCGCCCAUCAGAGGUUUGUAUCCCCCUCCUCACAUCAAGCGCCCCCACAAGCCAUGGCUCUCCCUCUGCCUCCCUCUGCUGGCUACACUUGGGAGUUCAUGGGUGAAGAGGGCAUGUGGACUGAAUACAAAACUCCGAACUGCACAAUGGACAGCUUGAAGAUUGAGAGGAUCUACCAGUCGAACCCACAGGGCCAGGCCAAGUUCACUGCCGGGAGAUACACAUACACACUCGACUUCGCAGGGAUGUGUCAGACCAAUGAUGCCUUUGGGACUCAAAGAGCUGUCAGGAGGCUUCAGCAGAACAGUCCCCAGUUGAAUGGAAACGCAGAGGCAGGAGGGGUCACUCCAGUUCUCGGGUUUGUAUCCCCCUCCUCACAUCAAGCGCCCCCACAAGCCAUGGCUCUCCCUCUGCCUCCCUCUGCUGGCUACACUUGGGAGUUCAUGGGUGACGAGGGCAUGUGGACUGAAUACAAAACUCCGAACUGCACAAUGGACAGCUUGAAGAUUGAGAGGAUCUACCAGUCGAACCCACAGGGCCAGGCCAAGUUCACUGCCGGGAGAUACACAUACACACUCGACUUCGCAGGGAUGUGUCAGACCAAUGAUGCCUUUGGGACUCAAAGAGCUGUCAGGAGGCUUCAGCAGAACAGUCCCCAGUUGAAUGGAAACGCAGAGGCAGGAGGGGUCACUCCAGUUCUCGGGUUUGUAUCCCCCUCCUCACAUCAAGCGCCCCCACAAGCCAUGGCUCUCCCUCUGCCUCCCUCUGCUGGCUACACUUGGGAGUUCAUGGGUGACGAGGGCAUGUGGACUGAAUACAAAACUCCGAACUGCACAAUGGACAGCUUGAAGAUUGAGAGGAUCUACCAGUUGAACCCACAGGGCCAGGCCAAGUUCACUGCCGGGAGAUACACAUACACACUCGACUUUGCAGGGAUGUGUCAGACCAAUGAUGCCUUUGGGACUCAAAGAGCUGUCAGGAGGCUUCAGCAGAACAGUCCCCAGUUGAAUGGAAACGCAGAGGCAGGAGGGGUCACUCCAGUUCUCGGCUCUGCGGGGGCACAACACCGGUGGCAGUAUAUGGAUGUUGACGGGGCCUGGAAAGAUUUUGUCAAGGACAGAUGCAGUGUGUCCAGUGAUGACAUAGAGAAUAGUUACCAGCAGAACCCUGGUGGUACCCUGAGCUUUGCUACAAACAGCUUCCAAUAUCAGUUGAACUUCUCAACAAUGACACAGACAAACCAGUCAACUCAGAUUGUCAGGAACGUCCGUCGUCUCUGAUGGGGUAAUGGAUGACCAUGGUCAUCCUGAAGCCACAGUGAUGCUACAAUGAAGUGUUUUUUGUUCCAGGGAAUAUUGUCUGUGCCUCACACCUGCUUUUUUCUGUGGCGGUGUGGGAAAGAAUGUACCAUACUUAACCAUAUACUUGACUAAUCGCAAGUGAGACUUUGUUAGACGCCUCCUGUCUGAAUAUGCAGGUAGCAUGCUCUGUUCUGAGAACAGUGUAAUCAUGUCUGAAACUUGUGCCAAGGAAGAAUCUAAGUCCUUCUGCCACAAUAUGUGCGGGACAACUGGUGGGUUCAUAAGAACUAGACAGAAAUUAGGCAAUUUUGGUUCUGAAGGACAAGUGAAGUAAGCCAUUCUACUGCGACUGGAGCCUGGAAAACCAAGUGACUGGCCUAACUGACCCACUAGAUCUGGAGACCUGGGACGGCCAUUCUAUAACUUAAGACUUUGUGAUAUAUGAAAACUGCCCGUCAGGUCCACUGCAGUGAUAUGAAAGCCAUACCUAUAGUAACUCCCUGUCCAUCGGGCACACUGCAGUGAUAUGAAAGCCAUACCUAUACUAACUGCCUGUCCAUCGGGCACACUGCAGUGAUAUGAAAGCCAUACCUGUAAUAACUGCCUGUCCAUCGGGCACACUGCAGUGAUAUGAAAGCCAUACCUAUACUAACUGCCUGUCCAACGGGCACACUCCAGUGAUAUGAAAGCCAUACCUAUAAUAACUGCCCGUCCAUCGGGCACACUGCAGUGAUAUGAAAGCCAUACCUGUAAUAACUGCCUGUCCGAUGGACACACUGCAGUGAUAUGAAAGCCAUACCUGUAAUAACUGCCUGUCCAUCGGGCACACUGCAGUGAUAUGAAAGCCAUACCUGUAAUAACUGCCUGUCCAUCGGGCACACUGCAGUGAUAUGAAAGCCAUACCUGUAAUAACUGCCUGUCCAUCGGACACACUGCAGUGAUAUGAAAAAGCUACACCUGUAAUGACUGCCUGCAAGCAGCAUUCUGAAUGAUAUGAAGUUUACUUUCACUCCAGUCAAACUCUUAACUGCACACUGUCCUUGUUUAGAUUAUAUUGUAGCUGUAUUUUUAACUGCCUAAUUAAACACGAUCUAUAAUCUAAAAGUACUGUUUUAUUUUUGUUUAAUUUUUUUAAAAAUGGCUUUCAUUUAUAUAAUGGGAACAUGACGGAGUUUGAAGUAAUGCAUUCGAUUGAUGGUUGUCGUCUUCCUCUCCUCCCAUAAGUCAAUGGAUGCAACUAAGUAUGUUGGAAUGUCUGCUUCCAGAAUGUCACCCAUUUUCUAUAAUGAGCAAAAAUGUUAAAUGUAGAAAAACAUUGACCAUAUUGUUAAUAGUAAAAGGACACUUUUCAGUUUCUUUUGAAUUUAUCUUAAAUACUACUUCCAGCAGAAAGUGUUUCAAUUCCACCCCUCAUGUGUAUACCCUUAGUCCUCCCUACUGAUUUCCCCCCCUUUCCGAUAUCCCUCCUCUAACCCAAAAAAACAAAUAAAUAAAAAAUACAUUUUGCACUUGA